CAAAUGUCUGCAGCACCUGUUGGCAGGAUGUGACUAUUAUCCUGGCAGGCAGCCCCAAUGCAACGUGCAGCUUGUAGCGCCACAUUUUAUUUGCGGAGCUGCGGGAAGGAUGUCGGCGUCAUCUCCUGCAGGAGGGCCCGCCAGGUCCACUGAGCAGGGGGACCGGACUCGACCCCACGUCCUGUCAGGAUCGGGCUUCUGCAAAUGGUUCAACGUCCGCAUGGGCUUUGGAUUUAUCUCCAUGACCAGCAGCGAGGGGACCCCUGUAGACCCCCCUCUGGAUGUUUUUGUGCACCAAAGCAAGCUGGUGAUGGAGGGCUUCCGAAGCUUAAAGGAGGGUGUGCAAGUGGAGUUUACCUACAAGAAGUCCUCCAAGGGCCUUGAGUCCCUGCGGGUGACGGGACCGGGUGGGGGACCCUGCGCAGGCAGCGAGAAGAGACCAAAAGGGAAGGUCCCACUCCAGAAGCGCAAACCAAAGGGAGACCGCUGUUAUAACUGUGGAGGUCUGGACCACCACGCUAAGGAGUGUGGCCUGCCCCCCCAGCCAAAGAAAUGCCACUACUGCCAGAGCAUCACGCACAUGGUGGCUCAGUGCCCGCACAGGGCGCUCACGCCUUCCGCGGUCUCUCAGGACCAAUACGCGUCUACCUCGGCCUCCAGCCCGGGGUCGUCGGCCUACCUCUACCCCCCAGAGGAGGAGGAACGCUACGGCACAUCUCCACUGGGAGGCUCAUCCUCCUCCCCUGAAGAGCCCCAAAGUCACCACCGAACCCAGAGGUGGAGGAAAUCCUAAAAGCACCCCCCCUCCUUGCUUCAUCUACCUCACACCUGUGACACAAUGGGAGGUCUGAAUUUCUUUUUUUAUUUGUAUUUUAUUGUCUAACCAUCGCAACUAUGGCAACCAACAGAGAGGUACGCACGUGUGUGUGUGUGCGUGUGUGUGUGUGUGUUUGUGUGUGUGUACCUGCCUUGCAGACAGGUGGUGGCGCCAUAGCAACCACCACAGGGCUGGAGACUGCAAGGGAUGAUCUUGUAUUCAAUCAGUGCAGCUCAGGAGGCAAACGUGCAUCAAUCAUGCCUUGGUUUGCUUUUCCAUCUCAGUGUUUUAUUUUUUUUUUAACGUACAUACUGUCCUCGCUAAUGCAGUCCCUCCCAAAUGAGUCUUUUUACAGCACAUUUCAAUAAGGGUUGUGUAGGAGACGAUGUUUAAAAGGCACAACCUGUAAGUGAUAAUCCACACCUCUACGACUGUUAGCUCGGCUUUGGAGAAACAUCUUAAGGGAAUCUUAAUGGAUUCCAGGGAACUGUUUAGAUAAAAAAGGGGGAUUAGCUGACUAAUAAUGUUAUGUAAUAGCAUCCAAUACAAGAGUCCUGUCAAAAUUCUGCUUCCAACAGAUAAAAGUGGUUCUUAUUUUAGUUAUAAUCCCUACUUAAUUGCACAGACAGCAAAUGGUCUGUUACUAGUGUAGCUAGCAGGUGCGGCUCCUGUUCUUUAUCCAGAAUUUGUAAAGCAAAAAAACAAAAAGCCUUACUAUGCUGGCACUUUUGCAGCUUGUGUCACAGUGCUCCCCUGCCUCACACAUCAGGGAAAUGACAGGGAGAGACGGCAGGAACAGUCAGGCAUCGUCAGACAGAAAGUUUAGCAAAAGCAGCAAUUACAGGACAAACCAUUGAUAGACAUUUUGCAACCGUAUUGUAACUCACAAAAGGCGACCUUUUUUUUAUCACCACAGCGCCACCUGCUGGAUCUGGUUCCCCCUAAUUCAAAAUCGCCUAUUUGUUGUUGUAGUUUGCAGGGGUGUAGGAAUGCACUGAGGGCUGUUUCUAAUUAUUUAAGACAUCCAAGAUAUUAGGAACACCUAAGUGUGCUUCAAGUCACAACUGCAACAAUGAAAAUAAUGUUAAUGGAUCAAUAACAAUAAGCAUUAUUAUCUUUGCAAAGGCAGCAUUUUUUCAUGCAGCUUUCGUAUUGGCUCUCAUAGAAUGUUGUGGCCAGUAUGCGUGCAUCCUGCCUCUUGCAGGAACGAGUGGCUUGUCGCUCUCAGCUUGCGUCGUGUGCGUGCUUCCACUUGAAAGAAAAGGAGAAAAAAAAAGCGUUUGCAUGCUUGCAAAGGUCAACACUAUUAACCCUUUCGUUAUUACCCUAGAUAGAUGCGCCUUAGAUUGGACGCCAUAUAACUCGACUAGCUUAGAGUCAGGCGCGAUGAAUCCGUAGAAAUCCAUUCUGUGGAGACGACCAUGAAGGCUUGAAAAUCAUUAAUAUAUAUGUAAAGUCAGGAUUGUAUAAAUGAGAUUCUAUGACAUAUUUUGAAGGAGUUUGCUGUAAUUUAGCUGAUAGCCGUGUGUAUACCAUGGGAUGUUCAUGUGAACAAAACCGCUCUUUAGACCAGGGGUGUCCAAUUUUGUUCUGAGGGCAGCAUACAUAACAAUGAAAGAACACGGGCGCCACUUCGAUACAUUUUGGACAUGAAAGAUGUGUCUGUGCGAAUGUACGUUGGUCAGCCUCACUCCCUGACACCUUCAAGGGUUUCGCUGGAUGUUGGGUUGACAAACUUUUGGCUCGACUGCUUGCUCGCUCGACGGAACGCGGGGCUGGCUGAACCAUGCGGGUUGCAAAAGCAAAUGAGUGUGAUACAAUGGUACCUCGGUUUUUAUGACUAAUAUGUUCCCAAAGGUUCGAUGAAAACGGAAACGUAUGAAAAUCAAGGCAAUUUUUCCCAUAGAAAAUCAUGUAAAAGCAAUGAAUCCAUUCCAGACACCCACAAAUAUGAACAGAUAUUUAUUUUUUUACAGAUAAUUAUAGAUGUACAUGCAAAAACUAAUUCAAAAUCAUUAGAAAUGACAAAUGGAUGGAGCUUACUGUUGAUGUAGAUGGCUAGAUCAAAUUCAAGUGUUUCUGACCUUCAUUAUUAAAUUGUUGGCACUCGCAACUUUUUUGGGCCCCAUGGAGGUUUUUUGUUUUUUUAAGCAGUCACACUUAAUUAAAAAAAUGCACGGACAGUGAGUCAAACGCGUAGGGUGCUUUUUUGAUUGUUGAUUUGAUUUUGCCGAAUGACAGAGUACAGGACGAAUGGGCUAGUUUGUUACGUGCAAUACUGUACGAAAACAGAGGCAAAGCUAUCGACAAAACCCGAAUCAUACGAAAAUUGGGGAGUAUGAAAAACGAGGUUUGACUGUAUCAAAUGAUUUAGUCGUCCAUCGCCACAUUCCGGUUCAAAUUUUGCAGCUUCACUCUUAUCACGGUUUUUCAAAAAGAUAGUAAUUUAAUAUGGUCUCAUCAUUUUAAGUCCUAAAAAUGGCUAAAUGAAUUAAAAUACAAAUAUGAGGCAUUCAGAAAACACAAGAAAAGGCGUAAUAAUAUGUAGUAUUCUGCAUUUGUCAGUAAUUUUACUGUAAUGUUUGGUGAGACACAGUAGCACCAGACAACAACAGACAUUUUUGGCAGGUUUGAAUUAUCUUGAAUUAUCAGCAGGCGCAACAACAAAUCCCUCAUAAUAAAAUCCCCCUUGGGAACAUGCAAGAGCAUGAGUCUUAUUCAUGUCCAUCUACUAUAAUGGGGAAUAUGAGUGUGUAAAGGUGACUAUAGGGGUGUUAGUUCAUGUCUAAAGGGCUCUAGCUAUGUUAACAACUUCAUUUAAAAGGCCCGAAACAGGUUUCUAUGCACUAACUACAAAAAUGUUCAUUUAUGAAUAAGGACUCUUAUUUUGCGGAAAUUCACGGCCGUUCUGGAAGGAAUUAAGAAGUCAUUUAAAUUUUUUGAUAUGCCGAGGGCCAAUAAAAAAAUGAGUUGUGGGCCACAAAUGUCCCCCGGGCUGCAUUUUGGACACCCCUGUUUUAGACAAAUCAAGCUAGUCUAUUUUGGUCAUUUUUAUGAAGCCACGCCUACAUUCCCCCCCCCAAACUUCCGUAGCACAUAACGUACGUUACUAAAGGUGAGGCACUGGACACUAUUAAAAUGGAGGUCACAAGCUGUGCACUCUCUUCCGUUUUUGUUGCGGUUGUGUCUCCCGUUUGUUUUGGGGUCCCCCCCCCCCUGCAGCUCCUCUCUGACCAUAUUGAAUGUGAAAAGAGCGUAUCUGAAGUCGACUCCGCCCCAAAGUUACGUCGCUAUGGAGUUGCAUCGGAAUGUUUUGACAAGUCAAAUGACUUUGUAUCAUGCUAGCGUUAGGUGUCCUUUUUAAAAAUGGAUACAGUAUCACCAAAAUAUACAACACCAACUUAAAAAAAACUAUUUGGUAUACCGCUUUUCCUUGGUGAUCUCUGCUUUAAUAGACACACCGUGCCCCAGUUAAUCAGCCAUGUCUAUUUGAAGAUUGUAAAAAACAUACCUGUUUAUAUAUACAGUAAUCCCUCGUUUAAUGAUCUCUGUUUCGUGUUUGACUAUGGUCUAUUAUUAGUCAAAAAAAUAUUGAAAGACAAGUUGUAGAAUUCUGCCGUGUUUUGGUCACUAGGCAAUCAGUAAAGUUAUGAGACAUGACGUUAUUACCUUUCACACUGCAUGGAGACCGGCUAUUGAGCCCAGCCAUGGCUGAGUUCGAGUAGAAAAAAGGUUCUCCUCUAAUUCCGUCUGGAAGGUGUACGUUUUUGUCUCAUUUGUCCUUCUGCCACACUCCAUUUGAAAACCUUUCUUAUAUUUACAAUUAGUAAAGUGCAGAGGCUAACUAGUUAGCUUGCUAUGCUAGCACCGGCCAUCUGUUAUGUCCCUACAGUGAUCCCGUAGCCUGAGCAAUGAUACGUAAACAAAGAAUAAUAGGAGUGUAAAAGUGACUAUUGGGGUUUUAUUUAAUCUCUACAGGGCUUUAAUAAUGUUAAAACUCGCAUUUAACAAGUCAAAAACAGUUUUUCUAUGCUCUAACAAUGAAAAUAUUCAAUUUAUUAGCACUGAUUCAAAGCGGAAAUGUAUUUAAUGCGGGUUGGAACCAAUUAAACGCGAUAAACUAGGGAUUACUCUGUGUGUGUGUGUGUGUGUGUAUUAGGGCUGUCAAAAAUAGCGCGUUUACGACUAACGCAUGCGCAUCAUGGCGAGCAACGCCUCACUAUUAUGACGGCAGACAUAGGCACAGUGUAGCGUCCCCGUAGAGCCACAAGAGUGUGACGCUCUUUUACAACUUUAUUCUGACCUGAACACAUCAAUAGCAGCGCAAUUCCAACAACCAACUCCAAACAAUCACGUGUUUAGUCCGGCCCUCCAGGGAACGACACUUCCGCAUUGUCACUAGACUACCGCGAGUUGCAUUCAGGGAACCCUAAACAUCACAAGAUCAUCUUUAUUAUGCGUAUAGUAAAGAUGAUCUUGUGACGUUCAAUGUGUUAAAACAAACAAGAUCAUCUUUAUUAUGCGUGUACGUGUGGUCUAAAUAAACAGAAAGACAAAGACAAGCAAUAAGUGGAUAUUCUUAUCUCUCACUAACGUAACUCUGACUGCGGGAGUACAAUUUGCUGCAUUUAAGUAUGCUCGGAAAUCCCAUGAUAUACAUCUACACCCAAAACGUGGUGGCGUCUUUAAACACCACCACCUUAUAGCGCUGUCAAAGUGUGAUUAAAGUGUUUUGCAAAUAUUAAACAGACCAGUGUUGGGAAAACAGAAGUUCAGACGUGAAAGCUUAAUUAAAAUGUUCAGGUCACUUGAAAUACAGAGAAUUCAUGUAGUGUCAUUUAUAUUUCUGUUCAUAACACAGAUAGUUUCAAAUGAUGAAUUCAAAACUGUGAUGAAGUAUAUUACAAUAUUUCAUCAUUUGAUAGCCCUUAUAUACUAUAUAUGUGUGUGUGUGUAUAUACUGUACAUGUGUAUAUAAAUAUACAUGUGUGUGUAUAUAUACUGUAUAUACGUGUGUGUGUGUGUGUGUAUAUUUAUAUAUAUAACAGGUGUUACCUAUGCUAUGAAUGUGCCUUUAGACGUGGCAUCUGUAAAGCUGACAGUGCAGUUUGAGGAGAGGGUGUUUUUCGGGUCACUAUGAAAGGAAAUGCGGUAUUUCUAUACCAAAGAGUUUAUCUUUAUUUUACCCCAAAGUUAGGAUUUGUCGAAGGGCUCACUAUCGUUGCUCUUUCAGAAUAAGAGGGAUCUAUUGUUUUUUUAUUUUGGAAUGUAUGCGCCAGGAAAUGUAUCUCAACAAUGCAGGGUUCCAACCCACACACAAAUCAUUUUGUAUGAUGUUUUUUUUUUUACAUUUUGACACAGCGCUCCUCUCUCAGGAUGAUGAAAUGUUCUCAGGGAAUUUACCAAAACAAAAAACAGGCAGAAAGAAAAAGAAGCGUAUUUCAUUCUUUUGGGAAUCAUCCACUCAAUGGAGAGACGUUCGUGUACUGCUAUCGUGAUCUACCUCUUGAGUUUGACUUUUCGCUUUUUUUUUUUUUUUUUUGGUGUCCGUUUUCUUUGCUGUGCGAGACGCAGGAGCCAAACACUCAACGGUCUUCCUUCUCAUUUUGUUUGGUUUACAGCAAAAAGAACCUACCUCAUAAGUUCUCCUUUCUUUUCCACUCCACAUCUACCUCCUCCUCACGUUUUCAACACAGUAGCCGUCUUUGGGAAGGUGUUGCUUUCGCUGCAUUCUGGGAUGACGCGGUUUUAUCACAACUGUUUCUUGAUGAACCUCUUUGUUUUGUUUGUCUUUGACCAAACACGUACCUCCUUUUGUUUUUGUUUUUUUUAUAUCGGCCGUGGAUAAUCAAAGAUGAUGCCCUCUUGUGAGGCACUCAGUUUUGUACCAAUGUUUGCAUUCAACGUCUUUUUCUGAACUAACAGACUACACUUUUGUAAAUGCAAUGGCCGACAUUGAGCUCAGACUUGAUUGUGAUGAAAAUGCCCUCACGCUGGCCCUGUUGUCCUCUACCAUGCUCAAGCACGGCUACCACCCGCCCUCUUUGUCCCCCGCUGGAUUUCAGCUACUUCCCUGACUUUGUGGCUUAUUUCUGGUCAUCAAAGACAAUUUGGGCCACACUGAAAUGAAAAAGAAGCAUUGCUUGAUUUUUUUUUUUUCAUCGUAAUAUUAAAAGUUGUAACGUUAGACUUAAAGUCUUUUUUUUAAAAGUCAUAGAAUUACAAAAAUAAAGGUGUAAAGAUGCAAGAUUGAAGUAAAUAAAAUACAAAGUUGCACGAUUAGCAAGCCAUUGAAAAAAAUCACAAACUUUUUAAAUCACCACCGUAAUCUUGUAAAAAAAAAAAAAAGAAAAAAAAACACUUUUUUUUCUUGUAAAAUGAUGGCUGCCUUGUAAAAAUAAUAAAAAAUGCAUUGAAUUAAAAAACAAUGAAAUAAAUAUUAAAA